CACCUGCGCUGCGAUGAGACUCAAAAGCAGUUCACUCUCAAGUCUCAUCCACUAUCUGGCAGUCCACCAUGUCCGACCACCAAUGCAAAGGUCCUUCAUCAGCAUAUUCUUCGCCAAGCGAUCGCAUGAUAAACGUAUUCUGGGACGACGGUAUGUUGAAUCAUGACACCGGCAAAGGAGUAUUCGACACCGGAAUGGACCCUGGUUACCUCGACGUACUCGAAAAGCACCCAGAAAACUCCGACAGGAUCAGAAACAUGCUCUCCAUCCUCAAAAGAGGUCCUAUUUCCCCUUUUAUUUUAUGGCAUUCCUCCACGCCUGCUCUCGUCUCCGAAUUGCUCUCUUUCCAUACUCCAGAAUACAUCAAUUCCCUAAUUGAAGCAGAUAAAAAUGGAGGAAAGGAAAUUUGUAGUGGGACAUUUCUGAAUCCCGGAUCAUGGAAAGCUGCAGUUUUAGCGGCUGGCACUACACUUUCAGCAAUGAAGUAUAUACUGGAUGGGCAUGGGAAGAUAUGCUACGCACUGGUUAGGCCACCUGGCCACCAUGCUCAGCCUACUCAAGCUGAUGGAUAUUGCUUUCUAAACAAUGCCGGCAUUGCAGUUCAAUAUGCUUUGAACUCAGGAGGGUGUAAGAAGGUUGCUGUUAUUGACAUUGAUGUUCAUUACGGGAAUGGAACUGCGGAGGGAUUCUACGAUUCCAACAAGGUUCUAACGGUUUCCCUUCAUAUGAAUCAUGGGUCUUGGGGGACAUCUCAUCCUCAGACUGGAAGCAUAAGUGAGUUGGGUGAAGGAAUAGGAUUUGGGUAUAAUUUGAAUGUACCUUUGCCAAAUGGAACUGGGGACAAAGGCUACAAGUAUGCAAUGAACCAGCUGGUUCUCCCUGCUGUUACAAACUUUGAACCAGAUUUCAUGGUGUUUGUUGUUGGCCAAGAUUCAAGUGCUUUUGAUCCAAAUGGAAGACAAUGUUUGACAAUGGAGGGUUAUAGAGAGAUUGGGCGGAUGGUUGGGAAUGUAGCUGAUGAUCAUUGCAAUGGCCGCAUCUUAAUUGUGCAGGAAGGUGGAUAUCACGUCACCUACUCGGCUUAUUGUCUGCAUGCGACUCUUGAAGGCGUGCUUAAUCUUCCACAUCCUUUGUUAUCUGACCCCGUUGCUUACUACCCUGAAGAUGACUCAAUUGCUAUUAAAGCAAUCGAAUCAAUUAAACAACACCAAAUACAUGUUGUACCAUUCUUAAGAGACGCCAACCAUUAGCUUAUUAUUAUUAUUAUUAUUAUUAUUAUUAUUAUUAUUAUUAUUAUUAUUAUUAUUAUUAUUUUUCUUUAAUUAUUGUAAUUUCGUUUCUUCUUUCUAAAUAUUGAAGCACUCGGUUUAUAAAUUUCUAAUAACUAAUAAUAUAAAAUAUUAAAUUUUCUAGUUUUUACAAA